GAAAGUUGGAAGAAACGUUUGUUACAAAUUAACAAGUAAUAUUGUAAUAACAAAUUUACAAAUACUCAUAUUUUUCGUGCCGUUUUGAUAGAUCUCCGCCGCCAUGAAUACUCGUACUGGUUGAAUGGUAAUUACGGAAUUAAUGGUCAUUCGUUAAAUAAUGUUCGGUGAACCUACAACUGAAAUGGUACUUAUAUCUUUGUGGAACUAUUCGCCAGCGUAAUUACGCAACUGUGAGAAUACUGUUGCGCUGACGCAGUUGCGAAUUCGGUUUUUUUUUGGUUCUGCGCUAGCUGUGAGUAGUGGAACGUUGCAAGUUUUGUGUCGCAUUGAAUUCCCUGGAAGCCAGGCCCUAAAUCGCAACUUGAACGGUGCUGAUUAUAGCCUAAUCAAUGGCGGAUUGAGUGCGGGCUUCACGUCUGGUACGUUGACGAGGUUCUAUUGUCGGCUCCGUUUGAGGCAAUUAAGGGACGUAAAGUGUAAAUCGAGUUCCUUCCGGACAGCAAAGGACAAAUCAUAAUUACGAUGAAGUGGCUUAACUGAUGUGGUUUAAGCUGGAGAUGUGCAAAGAGAGCGGGAGUUGUUUUAUGGAUGUUGAACACAGAUGAGUUUGUGAACCUUCAUGGACAAAUUCAGUGGACGGGGGCCUUUACCAGCAUCCUCCGUGACUUCUGUCGCGUUGGGCCAACCAGCGAAACAAUGCCCAUUCCCUUUUACGCGCCCACUUCCUCCUCUUCCGGCAGAAAGGCCUCCUCAGCCGCCGCCGCCACCUUUUCCGCGGCCCACAGCGCCCCCGCCGCCUGUGGGGAUACCCAAUGGUUAUCGAUCUGGUAACUCUACCCACAUCGGAUCCGUGCCCAGGGCCGGUGGAGUUGAAAAAUCCAGCAAUUCGGAAUUAUUUAAUGGACGUACGAAUCCAGCUCGAGAUUACUGCCAACAGUACCAGAAUACCAACGAAAAACGUGGAACGAAGCGUCCAAUUUCCCCGCAGAGUAUAACGAAUUGUGACGGAUUGCGUAAUGCCGGUAUCCAGAAAAGUGAGCUGAAUCCUCCGGGCCGGAAGACCGGUUCAGAAGCAACUAAGAACGAUUCUCUUCCAAACGCAAGUAAUGCACGGAAUAAUCAGAGAAAUACGUAUUUCUCUAGGACCAAUGGAGUGGAAAGCGGAAGUGGUCGCCGUACUCGAUUCGACUCAGUAUCGGUGGAUAGGGUUGGUCGAGGAUCAGACAGCCAUUUUGUCCAGGGUAAUAGUGAUUUUCGUGGUAUUAUCAGAAAAAGUGUUGCUGCCUAUGACGGACGGCGCAAUUCUCACGGACCAGAAACCAGUUGUGAUCAAUCUCGAAAUAGCUUGAGAAGAAAUAUUCCAUCUGACAUUCCCGAUCUUACCUUGUCCAGUCCGGAACCAAAGCGGUACUGUUUUCUGGAAGCGAGAGAGUUUUAUCGAGCUGGUGGAAAUAUUGUGGUAGCAACUUCACGUCUGGAAGCUUUACAUGAUGCGUUUCGAAAACGAAUUUUUGGUAUAUUCGAAGAGGCCAAUAAAAAAAAUAAAAAGUGUGAUGAUGAGUCGGAAGAAUCUGAUAGCGAAAAUGAAGUGAGAAACUCAGGACAGUUUAGCGGGGAGAAAAAGCUGCGUGCAACAGAUAGUGGUAAAAAUCGCAAAGUGGAUCCAAAUGUGAUAAAUCCCGAUCUGAUGUUUAACGCCCAUAAUCGGCUGAACGACGGAAAAGCUUGCAGAUGCUCACAUGCUUUGCGGGGAUAUGGUAUUAAGCAUGGUCAUCUUGUUGGCGAAGAAGAACAUAAAUUUCAGUGCAAGCCACUGAGUAAUAAUGCUCAAGAUUUGUUUUGCUACCGUAUGGUCUUGGAUCCCGUGAUCAACUUUGUCUCGCCGGAUUCCACUAAGGUGCGACACGCUGGUCGGGAGUUCGCCUUUGCUGGAUUUUGCAUAUUUUCGCAUCAAAAGCUCAGUAAGUUUCCACGGGCUGUGACCACCCGGUUUAAUGUCGAGUACGUCGUGCGUCUGGAGGAAAUGCCGACGCCCGGAACCUUUGUUGUUGAAGAUCUGAAUAUAUUCAAGCGUUACAUGUUCAGCGAAUUGAUGGAGUUAGUCGACUGGCAUCUUAAGGCGGAAAAUUUUGUCGCUGAUAAUGAUAUCUGUGAUGUUUUCCACUUUUAUCCAGUCUUUGGUCGGCAGACCGACGAUUUGAUGGAAAUAGCUCCAAUGAGUUCGGUUCUCUACCACAUUCUCAGUGCAUUUCAUUUGCUUUUUUCGGAUAGUGAUAUUGAAUUGCUCAAGUGCGCACCGGAUCUCGCCUUCCAUGAACAGGUCGGGGCCUUGCGCGGUGGCCUUGUAGCUGUGCCUGGCAGAAGGCCUGCUGCUUUCCGCAUUGACCAGAUUGAUGAUGAUGCUAGUGAUGUUUCCCGUCGGGAUAGGGAUAAGCAUUAUCCGGCAUUGGUGCAUUUUGCUACGCGGUCGGUUAGUGCCGCUGAUCCACGAACUUACAGGGAACAAAAGAAAUUGGACCAAAUCCGUAAUGUAUUGGAAACCAGACCCAAAAGCCAGAUCACGGCGGAAGAUAAGAUACGUUUGCACAAUCAGCAGAAAUUGGUGGAUGAUUUGAGUAGAAAUUCGAAAUUGAAGAGAGAAGUAACCGUUGUAGUUAGCUCACGCGGAAUAUAUAAUACGGGAUUGAAGUCGGAUAUCGCUCAGUAUGGAACGUUGAUUCCGUGGGUGGCUUUUCAUUUUCGCUAUCAUAUUUCUCUGGAUAUUUUGGAAGAGAAGUUGCAGUAUAAAUUUAGCGACCGGAAUCUGUUGGAAUUAGCACUGACCCACCCGUCGUACCAGUUAAAUAUCGGCACGAACGCUGACCACAUACGAAAUGUCUUGUCAAAUCUGGGAUUCCGAAAAGCCGCGUAUGGCCAAGCCGGACAAAUUCCUAAAUCUGGCAUUAAAACUUUAAUCCAUACGAUGGCUCAGCUGGGAGUGGAAGAUGAAAUGGCUUCCCCGAUAAAAAAUUACGAACGCCUGGAAUUCUUAGGAGAUGCUGUUCUGGAGUUUUUGACGUCGUUGAGGUUAUUCUUAAUCUUCCAAGACAUUCAGGAAGGUGGAUUGGCCACAUUUCGGGCGACAUUAGUACAGAACAGCCACCUGGCUGUGCUGGGAGAAACGUACAGUCUUAGUCAUUAUCUUCUGAUUUCCCAUGGGAGAGAACUGAGUUCCAGGAAGCGUAUAACGGAUAAGCAUGCGGCUGCGAAUUGCUUUGAGGCGGUAUGCGGAGCCAUCUAUCUGGACGGGGGUAUUCGAUAUGUGGAUGAAUUUUUUGGACGGUCGCUAAAAGUACGCCUCUUCAACGAAGAUGACCAUCUGGCCAAAGUGUGGAUGUUACCGCCGUCGCAUGUUAGCAUGAGUGCAUAUCCAAAUGGAGACCGUCAUCUCAUUCCCCAGCACGAAUUGCUGCAGCGCUGUGUUAAGUUUGAAGAACUGACGGGAAUUCCGUUUACGCAUAUCCGCUUAUUGGCGAAUGCUUUCUCUUCGCGCCAAAUCCACGAUAACGAUAUAACAAUUGGAAACAAUCAGCGCCUGGAAUUCCUCGGUGACACCGUAUUGCAGUUGAUAGUAUCAGAUUAUUUAUUCAAACACUUUCCCAUGCACCAUGAAGGUCAUUUGUCACUGCUGCGCAGUUCUCUUGUCAGUAAUAAAACCCAGGCUUUCGUGUGCGACGAGCUGGACAUGGCCAGAUUUCAGAUUCGCGAUCAGAGCUCGAAAGGGAUUGGUUUUUCCGACAUCAAAAUGAAAGACAAAGCCGAUUUGGUCGAAGCAUAUUUGGGUGCAUUGUAUUUGGACAAAGGUCUUACAGUAUGCAGUGCGUUCUGCAAAGUGGUGUUUUUUCCGAAAUUGACGGAUUUCAUAUCGAACCAGUCAUGGAGCGAUCCAAAAUCGCGAUUGCAGCAGUGUUGCCUAACGUUACGAUCGGUGGACGGCAGUGCACCUAAAUUGCCGGAAUACAAAGUGAUAAACAAAGUUGGACCGAGUAAUAAUCGCCAAUAUGAGGUGGCUGUAUAUUUCAAUGGAGAAAGAUUGGCUACAGCUACAGCAUCAAAUACGAAACUAGCCGAAGAAGCUGCAGCUGAAGCUGCCCUGAAAAACCCGACGUUUCUGGAAGAUUAUAAGCAGCAGAAAAGCUUUGCUCGCCGGGCUGUGGCCGCUCAGAAAGCGAACGCUAAUCGCUUUGCAAGCACCAGUCAACGGGGACCAGAUGCAGUGGGUGACCGGCGACCGCUCCGAGAUAACUGAUGAUUCCAUAUGCCUUUCGAAUUUGAAAACGGUUCUUUCAUUUUAUUUCACACCGGUUUUCUAAUGGUGAGCGUUUUGUGCAUUUUUAUGGUUGAAGUUGUUAUUUUUGGUGUUGAGUUUUCCCAGAAUUUUUGUGUGUGGUGUUUUCUUUCAUAUUCUUUGUUUCUCAACUCGCAUGCCCGAAAAUUUUUGCGUUGUUGCUCUGUUAUUUCGUUUUUUAUGGGCGCAGAUGCCCGUACGGCUGCAUUUAAUGAAGUAAUAUUACUGCGGCAUUUGUUUGCAUUGGCACAUGUUUACUUAUUAAAACAUUAUUCGAGUGAACAA